GCCUUACUCUUUGCCCCGAACAGCACACACUUCACACAGUUGGGAAGACGACAUAACACCACACAAAACAUGAAGACAAUUCUCUCCUCCGACACCAUGGAUAUUCCCGACGGCAUCAAGAUCACUGUCAAGGCCAAAUUGAUCCAAGUCGAAGGUCCCAGGGGUAAGCUUUCGCGUGAUUUCAAGCAUUUGAGCCUCGAUUUCCAGCUCAUUACCGACGACGCUACCGGAAAGAAGAAGCUCAAGGUUGAUGCUUGGUUCGGUAGCCGGAAGACAACCGCCGCCAUUCGCACCGCCCUCAGCCACGUUUCCAAUCUCAUUAAUGGCGUUACUAAAGGUUACCGCUACAAGAUGCGCUUUGUUUACGCUCACUUUCCGAUUAACGCGUCUAUCACCAAUAGCGGGACCGCCAUUGAGAUCCGUAACUUCCUUGGCGAGAAGAGGGUGAGGAAGGUGGAUAUGCUUGAAGGGGUUACAGUAGUGCGAUCUGAGAAGGUUAAGGAUGAAUUAGUUUUGGAAGGGAAUGACAUUGAGCUUGUUUCUCGAUCUGCUGCCUUGAUAAAUCAGAAAUGCCAUGUAAAGAAGAAGGAUAUUAGGAAAUUCCUCGACGGUAUCUAUGUGAGUGAGAAGGGAUCCAUGGCUGAGGAUGAAUGAGUAGUUAAGCUGUAGGAUUAUCCAUACAUGGUUUCUUUAUUUCCUUGUGAUUCUCUUCUCUUAAUUAAGUUUAUUUGCUGAAUUCUCAUAGACAUUUUUAAGAUGAAUUUACAAUUUUGUGAUCCAAGAGCUGCUCAAUGACCUGGAUGGCUUGUGCCUUUUUCCUCAAGUUCGGAAUCAAUUUACAUAUUUGCAGGUCC